AAGGUGCCCAUCUGCCAACAAAACGCUUGUAAACGCGUUUAAAGCAAGAAAUGGUGAUGAAAUGUAUGAAUGACGAGUGUACAGGGUGUACCGUAUGUACAUCAUGUAAGUGACAUGAGUGGGGUGAUGGUGAUGACAUCACUUUUAUUUUCAGGUGGCCUGUGAAACUAUGCUGAGUGGACCUGAUCUACUCACCAGCCUCAGGAACACUGCAGGGAUUGUGUACAACUCCAGUGGGCUGCUGCCCUGCUUCGACCUGUACAGUCUGUACGUGGAGUGUGCCGAUCCCACCGGCUGUGGACUGGGUCUGAACAGCCUGGCCUGGGACUAUCAGGCGUGCACAGAGAUCGAUCUGUGCUUUGAGAGCAACAACGUGACGGACAUGUUUCCUCCGAUGGCCUUCACCAAGACGGACCGCCAGCUCUACUGUGCCAAACGCUGGGCUGUGGUUCCACGAGCUGACUGGCUCAAAACCCAGUUCUGGGGUGACGCCCUCUCCACAGCCAGCAACAUCAUCUUCUCCAACGGAGACCUGGACCCAUGGGCCAACGGAGGGGUGCGCAAGACCUUGAGCUCAUCAGUGAUUGCUGUCAACAUCUCUGGAGGAGCCCAUCAUCUGGAUCUGAGAGGAUCCAAUGAUGCCGAUCCAGAGUCAGUCAUCAGCGCCAGGAAGACGGAAGCCGACCUCAUUGCACUGUGGGUGGAGAUGGAGCGGACCAGACUACAGCGCUCACUUUAGAGCUCCGGUUCUCCUCAGUAUCAGGACUGGAACAGUGAGUCCACCUGUGUGUCACAGUUCCAGUCUGCAUACUAAGAGCGUGUAGAGCAGGGUAUUCAGUUACAACUCCUAAAGGUCCAGAUUGACAAAAUCUCCUCCGGUCCCGAACAUUACAAUAAUAUCUAAGUUGCACUAUCUAUCUAUCUAUCUAUCUAUCUAUCUAUCUAUCUAUC